CAUGAAUUUUUUUCCUACGAGACGACUUUUCGGUAUUCUCCUUCCUUCAUCCUCCGCUCACGACCUAUCGUCCUCGACAUUUCUGUUGGGCUCGAAAGUGAAUAGCUUUUACAAGAAGCUCUCACUAUGGCCCUGCCAGCCGGCCUUCGGGCUUUCCAGGCCUCAAAAAUAAGUCGGACGAACUGUAUGUCCAGACGUUCGCUCCUUACAUUUUCGCAACGGAAUGGGAUUCUACGGUUGCUAGAAAAGAAUGGCUCUGUUCGUUCAGCGUCGACGGCGGUAGCAUACGAAGAUGAAGGUUCGUUGGAUGUCGGUGCCGUCGUGACACCCAAAUCUGCGCCUGUGCCAGGGAAGACCGGAAAGCUCUUUACUAGCCUCAAGGAUGUUCUCCUUCCCGAAACCUUGAAAGCCAUCACCGUCAAGCCCUUCAAACUCACCAACAUGACCCCCGUGCAAGAGGAAGUCUUGUCGCUCCUUCCAGAUCUUGCGAAGCCUUACGACCCUAACUCUACCUCCACUCGAGAUCUCCUCGUCCGUGCACGAACUGGUACGGGCAAGACCUUAGCUUUCCUGGUUCCCAUCAUCGAAGCUCGCGUUAGGGCUAUUGAAAAUGCCGGUAAACAGAGGGUUUUGGAAGAUGGGUUGCUUUCCAAGCCUCAUCUUGCUGGACAGGCGGCGAAGAACUGGGCACGGUCAAAUGUCGGAGCAGUUAUUAUCAGUCCUACUCGGGAGUUGGCUACACAGAUUGCCAACGAGGCUUUGAGACUUUCGUACCACCACGAGGGAUUCGAGGUUCGGCUUUUGGUUGGCGGGAUGAGCAAGCGUGUACAGUUACGUGACUGGGCCAAAGGACGACCGGAUAUUGUUGUGGCGACCCCCGGUCGUAUACGCGAUAUCGUCAACUCUGAACCGGAUAUUGCAAAGGUUUUGAAAACAACGCGUACCUUGGUGCUUGAUGAAGUCGACACGCUCCUCGAUAUUGGUUUCCGGGACGAUAUUAGUGCAAUCAUUAGGGACCUACCUCCCUCGCCCGAACGCCAAACCCUAUUCCUCUCCGCUACCCUCACUCCGGCUAUUCGACAGGUUGCUCGUGAGGCGUUGGCUAAGGAUUACAAAUACGUCAAUUGUGUUGAUGACUCGACUCCUACGCAUCUCAACAUCCCCCAGUACGCUACCACGGUUCCGAAUCCUUCACAUCAGCUCCCCCACAUCGUCAAGCUCAUCAUACAUGAUCAGCUGAAGCACCCCGGAUCAUCCAAGGUCGUUGUGUUCUUGCCUACGACUAAGCUCACCAUGCUGUUCUCGUCGAUGUUGAAAACGAUUGCCAAAGCUGUCCUUCCUGCAGGCAAAGACACCUGGGUUGGAGAAAUCCACUCCAAAUUCUCUCAGGAGAUGCGUACGAAGAUGUCUAACACGUUCAGGAAGACCACCGAUAAACCAACGAUUCUCGUAACAUCGGAUGUUUCUGCUCGUGGUGUCGAUUAUCCCGGAGUGACGCGUGUCAUCCAGGUGGGAAUUCCUCACAGUAUGGAGCAAUAUGUGCAUCGUGUUGGUCGUACGGGUCGUGCCGGAAUGGCGGGACGAGGCGACUUGGUCCUGCUUCCUUGGGAGAUCGGCUUCCUGACAUGGCAUCUCACAGAGAUACCGCUCAAGUCUUUAUCGACCUCCGAGCUUGAUUCGCAGGUUACGGAACUGGCUCAGAAGUACGAUACCAACCCUGUCGCACAUUUCAGCGGUAACAAGCACGCUGCUACAACGUACAGGCACCCUAUGGCACCUGUCUUGGAAGAGAUUGAGCGUUCAGUAAACCACUUGCGGUAUGAUCGCUUGGAUCCCCAGGCCGUGAAGGAGGCGUUCAUGUCCAUGCUCGGUUAUUACUUCCCCAAGUAUUCUGAGCUUCGCGUGGGCAAGAGCGUUGUGUUUGAGGGUUUGAAGGAGUGGACUACGGCUGGAUGUGGGCUGGAGGAGGCCCCUAUGGUGUCGCAGGCGUUCCUCGCUGAGAUGGGUGUCCAUGAUAACAGGACCAAGUAUUUCGGCAGGGGCAAGGCUGCCUCCGCUGUACGUGCCCGGGCGACAGCAUGGUCUGGACGUGGACACCAGAGGACGAGAGAUAUUUUGUGGGAUCAAGUAGAUGAGGGUGGUGACCUGACGCCGGAAGAGCGUAGUUUGGAUCUCAGCGAAUUCAAGGGAACGAGCUAUGGUGAGAAGUACCUGAGGGCUUCAUUGAGGCAGAAAAGGGAAGCCGAGCGGGAAGGUACAGGUGAGGGUAUCUUUUCCAGACCACAGGGAGGAUCUGGAGAUCGUGGCGGUUCGUACCAAAGGAAUGCCGGUGGUCGUGGUGGUGGAGGUUCUUAUGAACAGGGUAGCCGUGGUGGAGAUCGGGGCUCGUACUCAGGUGGUGGUUCGUACCGGGAGAGUGGUCAAAAUAGAGACCGGGGAUCAUAUUCAGGCGGUGGUUCGUACGGAAGGAGCGGUCAAAGUAGAGACCGAGGCUCGUAUUCGGGCGGUGGCAGCGGUGAUUCAUAUGCAAGAAGCGGUGCGAGAAAGUCUAGCUGGGCUUGAAGGAGUGUAUCUAUGUUUACGGUUUUGUGUUAAUUACAUACAUGGAGGGUACUCUCGUAUGUUGUAUGAUAGUUUCAUCUAGAAUUGACUAACGCCAUUCCAAGGACAUAUACUGAGCAGCAAUAUACGAAUUGUAUCCUGGCAGAAAUGGCUUUUUACUUC